AUGUCAAUUCGAAAGCUUCUGAUCCUUGCCGGUGCUGCGACCGCCGCUGCCAACCAGCACAUAGCGGACUCCCCUUUCUUAAAUCAAUUCUUUGUUGACUCAGGCUAUGUGACAAUUUCUACGGCUGACAGUGAUGCCACCCAUGCCACCUAUAUUGCCAAAUGCGAUAACAGCGGUGCAGAUGUUUGCACGUUGCCUAGUGCGGGUGCCACUAUUGUCACGGGCCCAUCUUAUGUCGGGUGCUCGUACACUGACCCGUCGGAGCCCUUCUUCUCAUCCGUUGGGUGUAAAUAUAUCAACGCUGGAUCUUCGGCCCUUUGCACUUUGUAUCAGUCAGGUGAAAGUGGAACCUAUGUGGCCACACUCUCGCAGACGGAAACUUUACCGGCAUCUGCUGUUGCACUGGGUUUCAACACGCCCACUAGCACCGGCACCAAUACAAAGCAAGCUUCCGAAGCCAGUACCGGAAGCGCCGCUACCAUGACAAGUGGUGCGGCCAGUACUACCGACUCAAGUGCAUCUUCUACCAAGAGUUCGACUACUAAUGAGAGCGCUAGUAAAACUGGUUCUGCCGCAAGUGUGACCAAGAGUGGUGUCGCAUCCAAGGAAGCUGAACUUGGAAAUAUGUUUGUGGCUGUUGGGGCAGCUAUCAUGGGGGGACUAGCCCUUCUCAUAUAG